CCCUCUCAUAAGCUGGCAAAAGCAGUGAAAAUGUGACAGGAUGUCAGACAUUUACUCUACAAACCCCAGGACUCUGGGCCGGGGCAUCUGUAUCAUCACAGGAGCCUCCAAGGGAUUCGGACGGGCACUGGCACAUACAGUGUCCCACUUGCUGAAGCCUGGCUCUGUUCUCCUGCUGGUGGCUCGCUCUGAGAAUCUGCUGCAAGAGUUGCAGAAAGAACUGCAGAGCUUCACUGAGCAACAGCAGCUGGUGGUUCACUACAUAGCUGUCGAUCUGAGCACGAGAGAGGGGGUGAAUGAAACAGUCAGGGUGGCAAAGCAGGAAGCUGUAAAUGAAAUAGAUCAUGUGCUUCUAAUCAACAAUGCUGCCUCUUUGGGCAACAUUUCCCGGUUUGCGAGUUUCACAGAUCUUGAAGAGGUCAAUUCUUAUCUGUCCCUCAACGUUAGCUCUGCUCUGGCGCUGACUGCAGGAAUCCUGCAGGUAUUUCCAUGCAGGCCAGACCUGCGAUGGACCGUGGUGAACGUCUCAUCAAUCUUUGCACUGCAGGCCUUACCGUCAAUGGUGGUGUACUGCACUGCCAAAGCAGCCAGAAAGAUGAUGUUCCAGGUGCUGGCUGAGGAGGAGCCAAAUGUCAAAGUCCUCAGCUACUCUCCAGGUCCCAUGGACACAGAGAUGCAGAAGGACAUUCUGAGGUUAACAGGCAUCAAUUAUCAUCCUUUCCCCUGCCAGGAGUCUGCGGCCAAACUGAUGAAGCUGCUUCUGGACAAUGACUUCCCCUCAGGGGCACAUCUUGACUUCUUCAAAGUGUGAUACCAGUACGAGACAAAGUGAAAAAUAAUGGUGUUCAUGUAGUGUAAAUUAUUGCAUGUCACUUCCUUUGCUAAAGUUGGAAAAAUCCAUGCUGUUGGCUGCUGCUCUCAAGUGAGAUAGUUAAGAAUAGAAAUAGAGCACAGGACAGAAGCUACAUUUCUACAAAUGUAGGGAUCUAUGUAUAGCCCAAUUCAAAUCAUGUUAAUUAUUUAAACCUGUUGCUUUACAAGUGAAACCUUGGAAAUUUUUGUGAUCAAAAUUGUAUUAUUAUUUGAACCAAAGAAAUGUAGACAUAUAUUCAGCAAUACAGCAGUGAAUGAAUAAAACAAAACACAUAUAUG